CGCACCGUGUAAAACGCUCUUUUUGAAAGAUUCCGGUAGUAUUAAACAUCGAGUGUCAUGGAUGACGACACGGUUAGUAAGUUGGCGAAUCGGGAUGAGAUUUGACAACGAAAAAUUCUUCGAUUCUCGGGCAGUGACUUUUGAACUUUAUUGGAUUCCAUAACGGUGAUAAAUGACUCCGCAGAUUCCAGUUAAACGCGAUCUUCGCGAGGACUUUUACAAGCCCCCACAUGAGGUUAAAAAUUCUGCUACGCAACGUCAGACAGCACGUCACACCGCUUCCCACGUCGAUUUUCGUCUCAACGGUGAUAUCGGGAGAAUUCGUGAAAGAGAAAAUCCACGUAGAAAACAUCGAACGAAAUGUUGCCACUGUGACUGCUGUCAGCAGGACAGCCAAGAAAAUUGGUCGGUCGACGCGAAUCGUAAAACCGAGCAUUUAAGCCGCAAAAACUCGGAAAAAUCAGCAGAAGCGAUGUUAAGCCAGCACUUGGAGUACGGAAAAAGCGGGAAUGUCACGAUAAACGGGCUUCGCACGAGCGCCUCCUAUCAACAACGCAGUCAGUCUCAUCGACCUGGCACUACCACAAUUCGCUGCCACAAUCGCAACAACCAAUCGAGCCCCAGGGUCCAUCGUCACUCACAGAAAUUCGACUGUUGCCCUGAAUGCCUCUUCAGAUGCGAUUCACCCUUUCGCGAAACAGUCUUUUCGGACGGCGAGAUUGAAGAGUCCGAUUAUUGGUUCUCGCACGACCAAACACCCUUGCGAAACACCUGCAAACAUACCGAACCCGUCCGCCGAUCCGGGGAGCCGCAUUUCGAACCGGAGACGGAUUUGUCAUCGAAGAAUCGUGGUCGGGAGUGGUUGGAUUUGAGAAACCGAGCAGUUGAGCAGGGCGAGAGUCUCGAAGUGAGUCAUUUCGAGGGCGAUUGUAAGCCUUCGUUGGAAACGGGUUCGAGCGUCGUGAAAGACGAUUGGCAGCAGCAGUACGAGUGGGAUCAGCGUGAGUUGAAGGAGUUGGGUGAGGAUUUGCGCCAAUUUGUCAAACGUAAAAUGAGCUCGGGCCAGAUGGGAGAGGAGAAGAAACAACCGAGCGACGAGUCGACGGAUACACUCGAUAAAAUCAAUCGUUUCGUCAGGAAAGUUUCCGAACCUCGACGCAAAGAUUCCGGCGCCAAAUUAUCGUGGGAGGCUCGAAAAAAUCGCGCCCCGAGUCCUAAGGCGAGCAGAGCUCGGACAUCGAAGAUCGAUCCCCGAAAGUCCAGUAACUCGAACAAGAUUGAGGAACGUCGCAGCGAGGAGCACGAGCGCCGAGAGUUCAGGAGGAAACUCGUCGACGAGCUGCUCGACAUCCAAUUGGAGAGCUCCAAGCUCGAGGACGAGGAAGAACCGGAAACGUGCGGAGAGCCGGGGGAGCGGGGAGAGAAACGAGGCAACGAGGAGGAGGAGGCCGCGAGCGAGACCGAGGAAGAAGCGAGACAAUUGAUGAAAGAGGAAUCGGACACCGAGCACAUCCAGAGGAGAUUGAACAAAUCUUGGAACGAGUGCACCCGCGAAGGGAAACCCCGCGAACCGAGGAGCGCCGAGGGCCUCGAGUGUGACGAACAGAAGAGAAGAAAAAAUUUGGGGGCUCCGAGGAACGAGAGGAAGCACGAAAAGCCCAAAUUUUCUUAUAAAACCGUGGAAACGCCUGACGCUAACGCAGGCAAACGAAAUUGUUCUGAUGCGGCGUUGACCCGCGGGGAUGAUCCCGGUAACUGCACAGAAGCUUGGGAUAAACCGAAUUCUCGUAGAAACAGAAUCCGCAGGGAUGAAACUCCCGAGACAAACGAUGCUGGAGAAAAGUUUCAUCAAAAGGCACAUUCUUUGCUCAAUGUACCGCGGAAAAAUUGCAACGAGCCACCAACUGGCGGGAAGCACGAUGCUCUUGUACUCGAUGCCGACAUGACUAAAGCCUCGAUCGAUGAAAUGAUCGACGAUGGGCUCACCCGCGAGGCUAAACGAGUCAACCCCGCUCCGCUUCCACUCGUGAAAAAGGAACUGCCGGGCGAGGAGGAGGGAGCUGGUCGAGUUUAUUUGAGAAGUCCGAGGAAGUGCAGCGAGCUUGGGAAGGCAACGAGACGUCGCGAAAGGCUGCCGAUCGCAGCUCGCCCGAGCGUCGAUUCGUCGCGCAGGAAAAGGGAGGAAUGCUGUUGUCGGAAAAUCGUGAAAAUUCUCGCGGACAAUCCGUCCCCGGAGUACCUCAGAAAACUGAAAAUUCGACGUUGGCAUUAUCUCGACAACAUUCGAAACGUUUUGGCUAAAUUGUACGACCUCGAGGGAUUCCUCGAAAUGUGUUCACCCGGGCGGGAAACCCCGAGUUUCCAGAACGAAAUGGAUCCUGAUUUGGCGGGCUAGAGGAUAAAAGAGGUUUGGCGAAGGUGCCGAAAGAUUGAUUCGGGGGCCCGCUGGCGACGGUGGGCUCCGGAAACGAGAAAUUUUCGCCGGUGGAAUUCGAGAAAUCUCCCAAAAGUCGGAGCACACGACGGAGGCAUUUUUCUAUCGACGAUUUCGUACAUAUUUUUAUGUAUUUUUGAUAAAAGUAACGCGUUUUCGUGUUCAAUAUACUUUUACGAAUUUUUCCCCGUCGCCCAAUAUUUAUUCUUCCGAGCCCUAAAAAUCCGACGAGAACGACAAAUAUAUUCCAAAAGGUAAAAGCGAAUAUUCUUCAACCUCACAGCGAAAAAAUGGAACAACGUUGAAAGGAAGAAAAAACUGUCAUUAUUUCGAAGGAAAAAAGCUCUGAAAGCAUCGCACUGUGCGGGAAAGGGAUGCUCGUCGCAUCGAAGACCAACCGCGUCUCUUAGAAAGAGUCGACUCCUGUGCAGCUAACUCUCGAAGGUAGAAUAGAGCCACUCAAAGUUGAGACGCACUCUCGUUCAAUGAGAACGAACGAGAGAGUGAGAGAGAGGCAGCGAGAGGAAACCGCGCGGUGCGGGAGGGGACGAAAGAGUAACCUUUUCUCUCCCCUGUGGGAAGAGUGCAGUUGUAAGUGCUCGAAAUCGAUUAUUCACGAAUCCUCGAGUGAGAAAUGAAGUGCAAAAAUGUCGUAUAACGUUGGACAUAUUUUACUAUUUUUUCUACCUCCUUUUAUAACCCAAAAACAUCGUUUAACUCUCGUGGGAAAUAUCUUCGAAGGAAAACAACUUGCUAUUUAUAGCACGAACUCCGAUGAUGACUUUUUUUCAAACGGUGGUGUUUUUACAUUUUUCUUAUUCGAGACAAUGCCCAGCUUCGUUUUUCCUCGAAAGAAUAAAAUACAAACUAUUUCGUAUCCCAGUGACAACGGGAACAAUAUUUUUGACAGUUGACAUUAAGGUGGAACGGUGCUAUGUAUAAAAAAUGAGGGAUUUUUAUGCAAAUUGGUAGAUACGUUCGAAUAUGUGUAAACUAUUUGCUUGAGCAGGGCAGCCAACGGGGUUAAAGCAAGUGUUUGAUACAAGAAGCUUUUUUCACCAAAAUCAUGAACUUUAUCGUUGAAAUAAUGAUUUUUUCGUCUAAAAGUACACAAUUAUAUUUUUACAUGUAAAUUGAAAACCAGAAACUAAAUUCACGUGCAGCUGGUAA